AUGGAUCAAAUUGUUCCUGAAUUAAAUGGAUCGAUUUUGAUAGAUUAUCAUGACCGUAUUGUUGAGAUAAAUUGUCAAAGAUACCAUGAAAGUCGCGCCUUCUCAAUAUUUCAUGGUGCUAAACAUCUUGAUUUCUCCUUCACCGUUCUCCUCUUAGAAAUUUCUAUGGUUCUUGUUAUUAACAACAUUUUGCGCUUCGUCUUGAAGCCUCUCAAACAGCCUAGACUCAUUUCUGAUGUUCUUGCGGGCAUAAUCCUCGGACCGUCAGUUUUAUGUCGCAAUAAUAUCUUUAAGAAGAAUUUCAAGUCAGAUAGCUCAUACUUUGUAAUAAAAAAUAUCGGGAUCUUAGGGCUUUCAUUUUUUAUGUUUUUAACGGGGGUCAAAAUGGACCUUUUGGUGGUCAACAAGGCUGGAAAGAAGCAUUGGGUGAUUUCAAUUGUUGGGGUGAUAAUCCCUCAUACCAUCAUGUACAUAGUAACUUUAAUUAUUCGUAAAUACAUAGACAAUCCCAUGCUACACAAACAAUCUUCUUUUGCGGCUAUUACUUCAACUAUGAUUGUCUCAUCAUUUCCAACUCUUUACACCAUUUUAAGAGACAUGCAACUUUUGAGAUCGGAAAUUGGUCUUACGAUAUUAACAACGGCAACCUUAAUUGAACUAGUUGGUAUAUCUCAUAUUGUUUCCUUUGAAGCUAUGAUGCAAGCCGAAGCUGGCAGGAUUUACGUAUUGUAUUACAUGCUUACAAAUUUAUUGGUCAGUGGCUUACUACUCUACGUCGUACCACAAGUGAUGCUAUGGAUUAAUAACCGUACUCCUAAAUUUAAACUUGUGGAGCAAAAUUAUAUCGUUGCUAUUUUGUUAGGAGUUUUCGUGUUUGGAUUUAUUACUGAUCUAUUCGGAUCAUCAAUUGGAGUUGGAUCUUUUAUUCUAGGGCUAGUCAUACCAGACGGCCCCUUAAUAGGCGAAACCAUUAUAAAUCAUACAGAGGUUAUUACAAAUGACAUUUUUAUGCCCUUUGCAUAUGCCACUCUUGGCCUUACAAUGGAUGUGUUUGCAAUCUUCAAGUGUUGGUCUUGCUUAAUUCCCAUCUUGACUUUGGCAGUUCUACCUAUCAUAGCUAAGUUUGCUACGAUUGUUAUGUCUGCUCGGUUUAUGGAAAUGUCAUAUACAGAUUCUCUUAUUAUUGGCUUCAUAUUCAACGUUAAAGGUCAAACGGAAUUUUUUCUCUUUCUUCACUACAUGGAUUAUAAGAUCUUAGAUACAUCAUCUUUCUCAUUGAUGAUGACUUUAGUAAUUAUUGUGACAAGCAUAACUUGCCCUAUAGUCAACUACCUGUAUGAUCCAACAAAACCAUACAUGAUCAACAAGAAAAGAACCAUACAACACACGGUAGAUGUGUCUAAACUUCGAUUGAUGGCAUGCAUUUACGACCAAGAAAGCGUGACUUCCCUAUUUAGCCUCUUGGACUUCGUCAAUCCAACAACGAAUAACCCAUUUACAAUUUUUGUAAUCCACCUUAUCGAACUCUUAGGGCGAGCUACCCCUAUGUACAUCGACCACAUGAAGGAGAUUGACGAGUAUUGGGACAACAACAAUGUCGCCGUCCACAAGGCCAUCAAGCUAUACGAGAAGGAUCGUAUGAAUUGCAUUACAAUGAACUUAUUUACUAGUGUUACCCCUAAUCAAACCAUGUACCAAGACAUUUGUGAGAAUGCCUAUUUGAACAAGGUAAGAUUUAUUAUUUUACCCUUCCACAAGAAAUGUAUUAAAGAUGGGAAUAAUUUAUCGACUGCCACACUUAGGCCAGGGGUACAAUACACUAAUACAAAUACGUUAACACAUGCACCUUGCUCCGUUGGAAUUUUAGCAUGUAAGGAUGCUGCUACAUGGGAGAUAUUCCCGUCUCGAUUAAAUCAAUGCACUCGUCGCCAAUUUGUUCUAUUGUUUCUUGGAGGGCCUGAUGCUCGAGAGGCUCUUGCAUUAGCAAGCCACAUGGUUGAACAUCCAGAUGUAUCACUUAUUGUGGUUCGAUUCUUGUCAAAUGAACAAAUAGGAGAUAUUAAGUCGGAAAGAAAAAUGGAUGAUGGGGUGAUAACUUGGUUUUGGGUAAAAAAUGAGAAGAAUGAAAAAGUUGUGUAUAGGGAAGUAGUUGUGAACAAUGGUUUUGAAACGAUUACAACUAUACAAUUAUUGAACUCUAGUGCUUCGAUAGAUCUUUGGAUUUUAGGAAGGGGAAAUGGAAUCAAUCCAACUUUACUGGAGGGUUUAUCAGAAUGGAGUGAAAAUCCUGAUUUAGGAUUGAUUGGUGAUUUUUUAGUAUCAGCCGAUUUUAAUACUUUAGGCUCUGUACUGGUAGUGCAACAACAAGUGUUGAGAAAUGAACGAGUUAGUUCUUUGGCUUGCAAUUAAAUUGAAUUU